CUAAAAUUAGUUUCCACAAUAAACCAAGGCAUUUUGGCAGGUAAAAAAUGGUGAAUGAUUCUGAUGGUGAAACAUUGGAACAAUCUAAGAAAAUGGGGAGUUCCGGCGUAGAGACGUCAGAGAACCCUCCCAAAAAGGCCAAUUCAGGUGAUCCCACCAUUGUGGAACAACCCGCACAGCCAUCUCCUGCUGCAGCAGUUCCUCCACCUGAGGCUGACGUUGAAAGCCAAGCAUCAUUGACAGAGAUUUCAUCGAUUCUCCGAAGAUGGAAGAAAGAAAAUUUGUUAAACAAAGGCUCAUUGUUUCUCAGAGGUGGAACUUUGUUCUUCUCAUUCCUUGCUUUUGUAAUUAUGGCUAGUAAUAAGCAUGGUGAUUGGGAGGAUUUCGACAAGUACCAGGAAUACCGAUAUUGCUUAGCUAUAUCAAUCCUGGCAAUCAUGUACUGUGGGGCUCAAGUUUUCCACCAAGUUAACCGAAUUCGCACAGGAAAAGAUUUUAUCUCGCAGCCAAAGGCUUUCAUUUUAGAUUUUUUUGGUGACCAGAUUAUGGCAUAUCUAUUGAUAUCGGCAACGUCGGCUGCAAUUCCAAUGACGAAUCGAAUGAGGGAAGGUGCAGAUAACAUAUUUACGGAUUCAUCGGCAUCAGCCAUUAGCAUGACUUUCUUUGCGUUCGUUACUCUUGCACUUUCUGCUCUUAUCUCUGGAUUUAAGCUCUCCAAUCAAAACUAUUUCUAAGUUCUAAAUAAAAAUAAAAUACAUGUGUUCCGUUUCAUUUUCUUA